CCCAAAUCCAAAUCCUUUUUAUCUCUGUGAGCAACUAGAGAGGUUUAGGGUUUAGGGAAUGGUAAUGCGGUCAUUUCAGCGGUGAAUAGGGAAAAGAAAGAAAAUGGCAACAGCAGCUUCACUAUCAACUCCUGCAUCAAGAAUCUUCUCUCUCUCUUCCUUAUCACUCCGCCUCCGAAGCCUCACAUCCGCCGCCCACAGUCUCAGUCUCAGUCGGAGCACCACUACCACCACGACUUGUAAGAAGAAGAAGAAGCAACAGCAGCAGAAGCAGAGAGUCGCCGUCAAAGAAAAGAGAAGAACUCGCUCCGACCGAGAGUUCGACAUCAACCGUUAUGGAGACUCCGCUUUCCACAUCCCAGUCCUGCUCGGCGAAGUCAUCGACGUUUUCCCGCCCUCCAAACCCCUCCGGCGUUUCGUCGAUUGCACCGUCGGAGCCGCCGGCCACUCUUCCGCGAUAAUUGAAGGGCACCCUGAAAUGCAAGUGUAUGUGGGACUUGAUGUUGAUCCUGUGGCGCUUGACAAGGCUCGAGCUCGGAUCAAUUCUGUGUUGAACGACCCAAGUUCGACCCUGAAAGCUUAUACAUUUUUGGAGAAUUUUAGAUACAUCAAGUCUUUGCUUACUGACGUGGAUGAGACACUCCUUGACACCGGAAUUGAUGGCAUUCUGAUGGAUUUAGGAAUGUCGUCGAUGCAGGUGAAUGAUCCUCAGAGAGGUUUCAGUGUGCUUGCUAAUGGGCCUCUUGAUAUGCGCAUGGAUCCUCAGGCAAGUCUGAAGGCAGAAGACAUUUUAAACUCUUGGCCAGAAACUGAGGUGGGGCGCAUCCUGCGAGACUAUGGGGAAGAAAGCAAUUGGUACUCUCUUCAAAACAAAAUAGUUAAAGCACGCUUACAAGGUGGAUUGCAUUCCACAGGUGAACUAGUAGAUCUUAUAAAAUCUGCAACUCCUCUAAGUCGAGAAGGGAGGCAAGGUUGGAUUAAGACAGCAACACGGGUGUUUCAAGCUCUGAGGAUAGCAGUUAACGAUGAGUUGAAGACUCUGGAGGAUUCUCUUUAUUCAUGCUUUGACUGCCUGGCACCGGGUGGUAGGCUAGCAGUCAUCUCUUUCCACAGUUUGGAGGACAGAAUUGUGAAGCAAACAUUUCUUGACAUCAUCAACAUCAAAGGCGGAGAUGGGGACGCUUACAUGAUUGAAGAAAGAGAGCGGAAGCAAGAUUUGAGAAAGAUCAGAAUAGACAUUGAUGAAGACGAAAUGUGGGUCAAACAAAUGUUACAGGGCUUGAGAGGAACAAUUCUCACUAAGAGACCAAUUACGCCAUCUGAAGAGGAAGAGAAACUGAACACCCGGUGUAGGAGUGCCAAGCUUAGGGUGAUUCAGAAGGUUUAAUUCAGUUUGAAAGCCAAUAUAUUUCUGAAUUCCUGCUCUUUUAUCCCUUUUUUUGCAACAAUAUCUCUUUAUCUUUUACCCCAUUAUUUAUUCCCAUAUGUUUAGGUUGGUGUUUUCAUCUUACAAGCAAUGAUAAGUAAUUCUCAUA